AUGGAUGCACUGUGCGGUUUUGUGUGCGAUCUGUCAAUUAAAUGCUGCAGUACCCUGUUUUGCACGUCCUCAAUAGCUAUUUCGCUUGUGUUCCUUGUCGAGAGUUCCUCCCUCCGAAUACUUCUGCCCGUUUGUCUUACGGAGUUGUACAAUUACGGCAAGUGUCUUUCCCAACGCCGUAAAACAUUUGAUGUCCUGCGAGUUCCGAAAAGGUUGGGUCAUUCUAUGCUUUAUUGGUUCGGUUUCUAUGCAUGAUUUUUUUGAUAGUUCAUUUAUACCGGUGCCUAGCCCCUUUUAAGCCCCACCUACCCGCCAUUUGCUGUCCUAGAUUUAGUGCCAUCUUUUAAUCUCUACGUUUUGGUGUGUUUUUCGAUACGUAUAUUAAGCAUCUUUAGCUCGGAUUUCAUCUUUUCACCCAUCAAAGUUAAGUGUGCUGGACGCACUUGUUGCGGUAUUUAUAAGAUGUGGGUGCGAUGAUUGCUUUUUCGUUUCCAUCCGGGUCGCUAAUUGUCGUAAUUUCGUCACCGGUGUUGAUUAAUGGUGUGGUAUUCACCGGGCGAUGCGGCACGCUGAUGUUGUCACUGAAACCAGCAUUUACCCGCACCCUCUUCGCAUGGCUAAUUACUCUGCCAGGCAAAGUUUCAGUGCUGAAUAUGGAGGGAAACUUCAUUGCGCCUGUUAAUAGGCUGCAGGCCGGAGAAGUAUGAAUCAAGCAGCUCGCGACUCACGCGGUUGUUAACACUUGCUCGACCUAUCCGAACUAAAAGUUUUAUUCAGAUCCCGUCGAGUAAGCCGCGACUCGAGAGUUUGUGUCAUUCCUCCUGACUGUUAUUGCAUGUUGGACAACCCGCGUCCUCAGUAACGUCCCAAUUCCUCCGACGUAGUUGCACUGCCCGCAACUGCACCAGAAUCGGUGACCGUCUCCAGACGUUUCCUGUCGACGCUGUGGCCGUUUCGCCUUGUCAUUUUGCACUUGACAGUUUCCCUGGUCUGUGCAUAACUAACAUCAAAUGGCGUCUACGAUCUUUAAGGAAGGAGUGACAUGUAAAACACCUAGUGCGGCUGCAAUAAGGCCUGAUCUUUUUGGCCAAACUGAUGCGCACAUGUUGUCUCCAUGCGUUGUACUAGGCAGCGGUAACCUAAAUUAACUCGAUCUACAUGUAACGAUGGACGUCAGAAUCACACCCCGCCUAAGCUGACCCAGAUUUCGAGCUCACUGCUACUACAUUAAUUUGGGGGGAGGUGCUGUUGGAUUUAUGUGAACAACACCCAGAUCAUGAGGUGGUCAACAAAGUGCGCCGAAGUCAUUUUUUCCGUCUUUCAUAGAUAGCCUUUGAUGUCCUCGUAAUAGGUUGCUGGCCUUUAGACUUUCGUCUCAGAAGACGUGUAUAUGUUUUAUUCGAAGGCCGUUUCUAAAUCAGGUAUAAUCAAAACCACUAGUCGACUGCACUUUAUCAAGCUGGUGUCUGCUAAUCACAAUAGGUUUCUCUCCCUAGUCAGGGCUGUGACCUGAAAUUAAUUUGGGCUCAGCGGUUUUGACUGAAGAACGAAAUAAAUUGACGACCUCGUACCCUCGCAACAGUCUUCUUUGUGGUCUCAGCGCGACACUGAGGGGAGCAUUGCAUCAUAUCUAAGCUAUAUCAGUCGGCAUCCAGGCUGGGGUUCGACACCAUCAGUAUGAAUUAGAAUACUGUCGAGGCCCCAGUCAGGGGCAUUACUAAGUGGGAUUAGUGAGAGUAUGAACUGUCUCCUAACGUCUGACCGACUACCCAACCUUUGCGGGAGGCUUUCGAAGACAAGAAAGCGAGUAAAUGUCGAUCUUAGCGUCGGCGCGGGCAUCCAGUUCAUCAGCUUGUAUUAAUAGUCACAAAACGGAGUACUUUAUUGAAGUAAUUGUUGCAGACAACUUUGGGAUGACGCCAACCAUAGCGGAAUCUGAGGUUUUGUCGACUUGUAAAUAAUUUUUGGUACAUUAACUGUUUGUUGAUGCAUUUCCAACCCACCGUAAAAUGUGCAUAAUUAACUCGUGUCCUUGGUCACAUAGACUGAAGUUGAUUUAACAUUGAGAUAGCACUUGAAUUUACGGAAACGGGAAGACGUGUUGCCCGCUAGCCUGGCUGCUGGCUAGAGGUGUCAGGUAGUGGGAUGACCUUCAAUGAAGGCUAGCUACGAAAUAAGCAGACACACUUCUGACGGAUAAGCUGUCACGGACCAGCAGCGACAGUGUUACCCCUUCUGAAAGAGCAGUUGCCGAUGCCAUACAAAGGCAACGCAACAACAAGGCACCCGAAGAGGACUGUAUACCCGCUGAAAUCUACAAGUCUUGUGUCGAUAAUCUGGCGUCCAGGCUCCAUGAGGGAAUUUUGACAAGCGUGGAGGAACGAGGUUGCUCUCGAUGACUGGGGCUCAAGAAUUAUUGUAUAUAUCCUCAAGAAGAGAGGUAAGACAGGAGGCAGGAACUACCGCGGCAUAACUCUCGUCGACGUUGCUGCGAAGAUCUUCGCUGUUGUCCUACUCAGGCGAUUCCAGGCUGUUCGUGACUCUAGGACGCGGCCCGACCGAGCCGGAUUUCGUUCUGGGCAUGGAUGUACGGACCAGGUAUUCACACUGAGACGCAUUUUCAAAGUCCGCCAUAGCUACCACCCACCGACGGCCGUCUGCUUUGUUGACUUUGCCGCCGCGCUCUAUCCCGUCCAUCGUGAGUCCCUAUGGCUGAUAAUGGCACUAGAUGGUGUACCGCCAAAAAUCAUCGCCAUGACCAAGGCCUAUUAUCACUCCACCACCGCGCGAGUCCUGAUCCGCAACAAUCUUUCCCAACCGUUCGGUAUUCUGUCUGGCGUUCGACAGGGUUAUAUACCGUCGUCCAUUCUGUCCAACUACGCUAUUGACUGGAUUCUCGGGAGGGCCCUACACGAAGGUGACGGUGUUGAAUUUGCGGCCGGACACCGACUGGCUGAUCUCGACUUGCCGAUGAUAUUGCCUUACUUGCCUCAAGUUUUGGUGAUAUGCAGUCUCUGAUGUCGUGGGUGAACGGGGUCGCUAAAUCGGUCGGUUUAUCCAUGGAAGCUGGAAAGACUAGUGUUUUCAAGCUGCAUCCUUGACCAGGUGAAGGCCCCUCUCGCGAUUAAUGGCUGUCAACUUGAAGAAGCAGACAUUUUUAAAUACCUCGGGGCGAGGCUGCUGCCGAAUGGGCAGAGUAAGGACGACACUGUCUCCCGAAUUGAUGCUGCCCGCCGGGCCUUUUCAAGCCUUAGAAAGUGUCUGUGGACCCGACGCGGUAUCUCCAUCGCCCCUAAAAUUCGCGUGUACCCUGCGUCUGUCCGAUCUAUCCUUCUUUAUUGUUGUGAAUGCUGGGCUGUGCGCGUGGAGGACGAUCGAAACUGGAAGUAUUUGACCACCACUGCUUGGGGACGAUCCUUCGAGUGAAGUACACCGACUUCGUCUCAAAUGGGACAGUCCGCACUCGCUGCGACAACCUCAAGGAUAUCUCAGGCCAUCCAUGAAAGAUGACUCAGGUAGUUUGAGUGUGUUUUUUGUCGUUCACCUAAGGGAUUCAGUGUUUCUGCACUCGAUCCGUCAUCGUUACCCCAUUGGAGGCGUCGAGGAGAGGGUCAACUCAAAAGCUGGCUCGACACAGUUCGUUAAGACAUGGAGAUGGUUCUUAGACCUUCGGUAUUCAGUCUCCAUAACUGGCGAAAGGGAGUGGGUUGAACUGUCUAGAUCUGCUGCCAUGGGUCGUAACGCGUGGGGAGGUACAGUUCGGGACACCAUCUAGGCCGGCUAGGUCAGGCAUGGUCGCACCUGUACCAAGUACAAUUAAGUAAGUGCAUAAACGUCGUAGACUUACUCCACAAGCGUUCCCACUUGUUUUUCGCAUCUCUCAUACUGUACUAGGAAUGACCGCUCCAUGCCCGUUCGCCUGCAUGUGGAGUCAGUGCCUUAACACCAUGUAUACGUGGCAGCGCUCAGCAGACGUCCUCCGAGCUUACUGGCUUGAUUUCGUUCCACGCAACGCUCUUGAAUGCGCAGGCAUUCUGCUGUUUUUGUUACGGACAGAGUCGUUGAGGCGUAAAAGACUGGUAUGGGCCAUUCAGGACCUCUAACCACCAUCUUAGCACUCAUGUCCCUCUCGUGGCCGACAAGACAUGAUAACUUAGUCCUUCCACCGUGUAUGGUGAGGUUUAUAAGCUCCAGUAUGGCGUCCUUGUUCUCACCAGCAGUACUCGGUUGGUUGAGUCCGUCUGGGAGGGAAUGGCUUCCGGAAUUUGAAUUACAACAGCAUCGUCGAUCUGACGUUAUGACCUGUUCAUCGUUUGCAGGUUUACCUUGCGUCUGCAUAUCAUCCGUGAUAAUAGCACUCAAUCAGUCAAUAAUAGGAAUUGAGACGCGUAAGUUUAUCGGUAUUUACAAGGAUACGGGAAGGAAUGCAAGGGAAGAGGGAGUCAGAGCACAGGAGAUUGAGACGAAGGGGACCUCUGAUGAGGAGGUGGAUCCGCUGGUUGGCUAGGAGUGUUGGUGGGUCAGACUCCGACCAUAGAUACUUCCGCUACGUGGUGGAGGAAAAAGGAAAACCAAAGUGAAAGUUCAUCAAAGUUCUAGCCUGUUUUUCUCCCUUGUGAACGUUUCACUAAGACGGCCAUUUCUCGAUGGUGCUACUUCGUUUUAAAUCUCAUUCCCAACAAUGGGUUCUGCUUGCUUUUUAUAUCAAGCUGAACAGUUUACAUGACCAGCAUCACCGAACAUGAGUUCUGGUGGACAAAAUGAACAAUUUCUAAAUGUCAACGUCCGACUUCUCAAUAUUCUCUUGCAAACUUAAGUUUUUUGGUUUAGGAACACAUGUCAAGUACGCUAGAUCCCGCUGGGGCUGUUUUUUUAACGUGUCUGGUAUAACAUAGCCGGUCAUCAACUUUUGCGAUUCGCUUUCGCUUGUUUUAUUCUAAGUGAAGAGGGUGUUAUAACCCCAUAAUAUGUUUGUUCUUAUUCUCUCUGAAGUACUUAUACUUCAUGGUGGUGUUUGCUUCCUUUCAGCUGGUUUACUCAUUUCUAUGUCGUUGCUAUAGUCGCUAUCUCCUGUGCAACGCCGGUCGCUGUGCACUGCAAAGGUAACCUGUUAGUGACUUCAUUGUAUCUUCCCCAUAGUUAGCAAAAAGCGCGCUUUGAUUACAUCACAUUUCACAGCAAGUAUCAGCGUAGCCUUGAUUACUCAGUGAAGGUAACAGUUUUUGUUACCACAAUGUUAACUCCUCACACGCACAUUCGUUCUGCCAGCAUACCCCCCCCCCUUGUUUUACAAUUCCUGCUCGAAUCUGCCCGGCCUUGACUGGCCGGUCAUUUUUUGUCUCCCCUGUCCUUGACAGUAAUACCUCCUGAUUACGACCCGCCCGUCGCCAUGCGGUCGCUUGUGAGAGCCCUAGGGCAAAACGGUGUGCCGAUAUUCCGUUUUGCGAUCAGAUCAGAUCACUCUGAGCAUGCGUUUUGGCGUCGAUAAGCAGACGACACUUUGUUUAUAAUUUAAAAGACAGCCCGCUGAACAACAGCAUCCCUGACAUGUAGUUCACAAGGGUGGCAGAGAAGGUCAGGCAUUUGCUCUUUCUUCACGUUCUCAUUAUGUUCAGACCUAAUGAUGAACACAGCACCGAGGCGUAUCGAAAGGGGACUGACACAACCCAGAUCCUCGGCUGUUCUAGCAGCCACUCUAGGGUUUACAAACGCAGCUGUGUUGGGGUGGUCUUCUGAGGGGUAGAAAGCACUACAGCGACUCGCGGAGACCAAAACAGAAGCUUUGACAUCUGCGAGACCAUGUAGCAAGGAACGACUACCCGUACAACUCUAUCAGCUGCUGCCUCUGCACGCGUCCGCUAUUGACAAAGGGGAGAGGACAAUUAACACUUUGGUAUCCUUCAUCGCAUAUAACGAAUGUAUCAGAAGCGACUGGACGCACCGCUUAUCGUCCGACAGCUACUCUGCGUAACAGUCUCAUGCAGCUAAUGGGUUACCUGGUGAGCAAUUUGAUGUAAUUUGUCAUAUUUUACGCCACGACUGUCCUUGCCGUCAUACAGGCCAGGCAGCACUACAACUCGGCUCACUAGUAAGCGAGUAUAGAUGAGCUGUUCGGAAAGGCGGUCUGUUAUUCUAAGUCAUUUCCAAAGCCCUAGAGGAGGGCCACUAAUUCGACUUCGCGAACACGCGGAUAGUGAUGCACGCUGACAUUAAGACGGCGAGGGCCAUUGGAGGCCUGGGCCUCUGACACCAACAGACGCGUCGGCAUACUCCCCCACCUCCUGCUAUCACGCGUUACACCUAUCCGGCCAGCUGGCGCAGCCCCAUUUCCAGUCCAGGACGCGAAAACACAUCUGCCGGGCAAUGGGACUCUAGUCCCAGCCAAGGACACACGCAAUCCUCCCCCGGCAUUGUCAGACCACAAAACUGCCAAUGUUAUGUUCCCCCGUAGUCCCUAAUGUUGGGCUUCGGAAUCUCGGGCUAUUACAACUGACCUUCCAACGAUCGUAUAUUCUUCUUUGCAUGAAAAUCAUAGGACUCGCAUAUUCGCCUCUUCGUUAGAUCAGUUUGUCACGUCAGGUGUCAGUGGCACUAAUCAAAUUCAUGUUUUAAGUUGCAAGACGAUUUUCCGACAACGAUAGGGUGUAAGAACCCCCAGCUAAUUGAGCUAGCCUGUCAACCGUGUCAUGCGUCGAAUGGUGGUUGAGGGGGUUUUAGGGGUGGGACAACACAGGAUGGAGAGCAAGAAGACACAGAAAAUAGGUAAAUUUCUGCCGAGUCUUAUCUUACGCUCUCAUUGGGCAAAGAAAUUGAGCGCGACAGGUAAAAGAUAAACAAAAAAGAAAUUUUCAAAAGUAACGGACUUCGAAUAAAGCGCUGCUGGCAAUGUUACAUUUAAUCAGGAAGGGAAGGGAAUUUUAAACAAUGGGAUCGGUGAAUAAUAAGUGAUUUUUGAAGCCACACCAAAUUUUAGGGUGUAUUCAUUGAGUUGUCAUCUACUUGGGGGUCCUAACCCUAUCUUUGCCGAUUUUCCAGCAGUUUACUUCUUUUCAAUUUAUGCCCAUAGCCUUGUUAAAUUGCGCAAAUUUUGGUAAGGCACUAGUGAUCGUACUGUGUCAAACAACGAGUAUGUGUUAUUGUUCCUCCUGGUUUAAUCGUACUUUAUCACUGCUUCAUUUACCGUUUGAUAUACAAGGCCACGGUUGCCACCUUGUUUUGCCUAGUGACCACAUGUGUAUCCCCGAUCUUUCCACUUUUGGUCUAAUUUUUUUCUUUUCGUCGUCCUUCCAGAAACCGCCUCGGGGACACUUAUCUUGCUUCUUGUCUGCCUGCUGCAUGUUACGCGAAGACUUUAUGAGUGCCUCUUUGUGCACGUCUUUUCCGACAGCAAAAUGUCUAUCGUUCAUUACUUGACUGGCCACUUCUUCUAUUUGUCUCUGCCGGUGUGCAUAAUUUGCAGUAAACCUACUACAGGUCUGUUCCCCUCACAUCUUUUUCCCUUCAUGCACUGGACAAAAAAUAUCUCUAUCCUUGUCUACCGGUUAAGCCUGGCUGAGCGAUGGUUAUCUUAGGGGCUGCCGUUUUGACGGAACAUGAGCACCGUUGCUCUUCUUAAUGUGAUUGCCCUUAGGCUUGUUGUGUGCCUUGAAGAUCUCAAAACCGGUAGCGCUUGUCGUUUGGGCCUAAUAGGGACCGGGCCCAUCCGCGACACACUAGGGGCUGAGGUUUCAACCAACUUCAGUCCUUCCUUCUGAUCUCAUCUCGAGUUGUAUUAGUUUUGUCCUGUCACGGGGACAUAGUGGGAGGAAAAACGGGAAGUGAGGCCGAUGCCGCACGAUGUUUUCACGUUUAAUAAGUCUGAAGCCCGUUCGGACUUCCACGCCUUCAAAGUAGUGGUUUGUAGGCUUGCCUGCCGGCGAAAUAACUCGGUUAUGCAUGUGCGGGAGAGAAGAUAAGGCCACUAUUUGAUCAUGGAGGGCAUGAAAGAGGCUGUGAGAUAGAUACCGCGCACAUGCCCACUUCCCAUAGAACGGUAGUGAUCCGAGUCGUGUUCGAUAGUUAUCGUGUUUUAUUCCUCUGUGCGUCUGAUUGUGUCUCCAUCUUUUCAUACCUUUCUUAUUAAGAUCAUGGACUUGCCUCGUCAGUCGCAUUUUUGGCUGUGAUUAUUCUUCUGGAAACGGGCCAGCAUUUGGCAAUGAAACAGUUGGCCUCCCUUCGGCCGAUCGACUCGAAGGGUAUGUAAUUAACCUUCAUGUGCUCUGAGUAUUUCAAAUAUAGGAGAGAUAACCUAUUUGAGUCUUAUCAGCCGAAUUUCGCAUUUCACGCGUUACUUGCCUAGUGAUCAGGACCCUAGCUGCGUAAACAAAUGCGUCAAAUAAGGACAAAAGUUAAUACUGUUGCCUACCUCGGAAAUGCGGCGAGUAACGAACACUAGUAUGUUUCUUGCCUAGCAGGUUAUGUGGGAAACACAAAGUUCUUCAAAAACGGUCGGCGUGUAUUAACUCGAGGCCAAACAGAAAAUACGGUCGAUUAUCUGUUUGCCGGUGCGUCUUGGUUCUAGACGCAUCAGUACGUCCUUUUUGACGUCUAUCUCUACCGAUUGGAAUCUGUUCGUAUGUAAGACUUCUUGCUUUAGGUUAUCGCCUUUUCACCACACUUUUAACCAAGAAAAUCAUUGAACAACGUGGUUCUAAAUUCAUGGCAUUGAUUUCAUAAACCGGCUUUGUUAGUUGCCUUGGCUUUAAUCUCUACCCCGUUGCAUCAUGACGUGGAAGUAGCCAGACCGAUUUUAAGUUCUCCCAUUUCCAAUGUUUCAGCAGACAGUGCCGUCUUUUUCACAGGUAUGACAGCUCGGUACUUGCCACCGAGAGGUAGUCUCUUCAGUCAUGUCACUUGUCCCCACUUUUCACUGGAACUCGCCUUCUACAUCGCUGUGCAUUUCUACUUGGGCCUCCGACUUGUGCCCUUCAGCGCGCUCACCGUGUUUGUUCUGGUUAAUCAAGUUUGUUCUGCUCAACAAAAUCAUCGCUGGUAUGUCGAACACUUCCCGGAUUAUGCCAAACACCGAACAUCAGUUAUCCCCUUUCUUUUGUAAUUUCUUUUUUCCAAAAUGACACAAUUUUUCAUUCAUGCUUUGUUUGGAUUUUGGGUAGAUAUCCUUGGUAGGCGCCCAUCAUUAUCUAAGCCUAUGUGAUUUAACAGUGGCCAAAGUAAUGAGUACAGUUCAAGCACCACAACCAGGACAUGAGUUCAUUUAUCAUGAGAUAAAGGCAAUAAUCUUAAGGUGUCGAGGUCAGCGUAUGCGUAGUUUACGCGCAGACUGUCUCUUAAUUUAAAAAGGAAAAGCCACUCUUGAAUAAAAUCCCAAAGGCUUUAUUCCAGUUGUUUAUCAGGCGAAUAAUAUCCUAUUUACAACACCAAAGUUUGCGCUGGAAUAUCCUAUUGUGUGUAGAUUUCUAACCUGUGUUUUUUUCUAUAAAAUUUACAUUGAAGAAGCAUCUUAAUUGACAACUGACCUCUGAGCCAACUAGUCGACAAGAAUUUAUUCGAUGAAUGACUCCCCGAUGCGACCUUCGUCCAGAGCAUAUACCACAGGACGUUGUUGUUCGUUUGGGGCUCAAUUCUACACUAAACGUCGCGGAUAAUAUCCUCUUUAUUAACGUUGCCCUGUAAUGAAAAGCAGCUAUGGGCGAUUGUAGGUUGUGUAACCCCAGGUCAAUGUAGUGCGGGAGUGGUGGUCAUAUGGGUUUUGCCGGCGGGACAUCACCGCCGAGGGACAACGAAGUGAAUGCAACAAAACAAAAGGUAGGUAGAUUUCUGUUUUUAUUCUUCUACGCCUUGAUAUAGUAACGGAAUUGAGCACGACUGUUUAAAAAUGAACAAAAACCUACUCUCAAUAAAUAAAACGUAUUUGAAUAUACCGCCGCUUACAAAUAUGAGGCAGGUCAGGGACCGACAGAACUAACAACCAAUAUGGAAGCUAGGCAGUGUGAUGCGCAUGGAUGUUAAGGAAGCUAUGGAAAUACACCCUAAUGAACACGAAGAAUGUCAAAUAACGCGAGUAAGACCGCAUGUUUGUGGGACACACGAUUGCUUUCGAUAAAUACUCUUCAGGCCUAUACAUUUAUAUGGUUAUUGAAAUAAUGUCGUAUAAAUGUACAGGCCUGAAUAGAAUUUAUCGAAAGCUGACGUAUGUUCGCCAAAUUGCCUAUGGAUUUUUCAGUGGUAAUUUUCGCAACUCGAAAGCGGAAAAAAAGCCGAAGCAAUAAACUCGGUGAUAGAAUACCACCAAGCCAGCGGGCUGCUACCUAGUGUAACAAAAUUCCAAUGUGGACGCCAAGUGCGUCAGCAUUGAACGCUUUACAAUAAUAUUUAGCACUACAAGGAUCGGACCACAGGAAAAUACACCAGUACGAUUGAGGUCUAUUGAAUCAAACAGGAACGGUAGCUCCACGAAAGAGAACCGGUGUUGGGCCGUGCGAUAUGGGUCCGCGUAGACGAGGUUCAAUAUCGUCCGCGGUUUGGCUUGACGUUAGCUUAAAGCAAGCGUAAAAAAACUCCUGGCACAUGCUGCAGAACCAUAUCCGAUGCAGCAGCUUCCAAAACCUGGAACCUGAAGGACUCCUUCCCAAAGGCAUUUGUAAGUACAUUUUCGUACAUAAAUUUAGCUAAAUCUAACUGUCUCAUUAUUGGUUAUGCGAGCGACUACGCAUAAAUAAUCCUGCUGAAGUAAAUAAGUCACGACGUAUAGGCUGGGCAACAGAAACGGUUUGGAGAUGUUGAGGAAGCCGAACGUUUGUGUGCUAACCAAGACAAAGCAAACCAACAUGCAGCCGGCGAUGCUUACAGCACAUGUUGUAUGGUGGUUACUGACAUGACAAAAAAAGAUUUAACCGCUCCUUUGGAAAAAAUAAGUAAGUAAGCGCGUGGAAUCGUCAACGAAAUGCAAUUCAAGUACAGUGGGAAAACUAGGAGGUCAAGGUAAGACAUCGCAUCGCGAAAAGGGGGUUGGGGGUCGUGCCAACUAAGGUAUCUCUAAAAGGGGUCACUGAAACAACUCGGAGCAUGCGGUUUUGUCAAUGUGCUAGAUAACACCCAAAGGGAGACUUUCAUUAAAAUGAGUUAAUAAACCAUCUAAGGCCUAUAAAAAGCGCUGUAGUAGUUAUACAUGUUAGACCCAGCGGGGUUACACAACCCAUCCUUACCCAACUUUGAUUCGUCAUCCGUAAAGGAGUAGGUUCGUGGCGUCAAAGCUCAGUACCUUGUAUCAAACUACAAAUGAUUUCUAUGUACUUAAAUAUCGCACGUUAAUUUUCGCCCUUUCCAGAUUUGUUUCCGGAACAAUUCUCCAAAAAGUUGGUUUGCACCCUCCCGCUUAUUUACCUGAGUAUUAUUAUUUUUUAACGCAGGGUGUCGCUGCUGAGCUAAAUUGCAACGACGUUGAUAGUGGAAAUUUUUUUCGUGUAGUGGCGUUGGUUAUAGAAGUUAGCUCUAGGUGAAUAUUCCCUUUCGAUCGGGUGUCGCUGUAAAGAGUUGGAGAUCAUAUCUAAAAAAAAGGCAGGAAUUUUUUAAAAUGAGGGAACUGUAUGUCACUAGCAAGCAUUUUGGAGGGACGGAAUCCUGAUUAGUAGCGGUUGCAUUUCUCAUUACUGUUUAUCACGCAAAACAGUAAUCUGCUUAAGGGGUUGAAAUUUGCUGUUUUCACCAUUUCCCUAUUCCAGAGGUGGACCGAUUUCCUCAGUCGUGGGUCUUUGUCUUGUACUCUUGACUAAUUAUGGGAUUAUGAAAGAGAUGUUUUGGCAGUGUCAAGCAUUUGAGUUGUUUAUAACAUAAACAUUCUAUGUUUCAGAGAAUGAAUUCUAAAUUGGAUAAGCGUAUUCAUACUUCAUUAAAAACCGCUCGUCCAGAGAGAUAAUGAUCAAUAAUAAUCCAGAGCAUGCCAGUAGGUGUUGGUUUGGGUCUUCGGUCAGGCCUUUGCUUUUUACCCGCUUAGUUAACGACAGUCUUUCUGCAUUCAAUUACAGCAAUAUCGUGUGUGUUGACGAGCAUGUCACGUUAUGACAAGUUAUUUGAGCCCUGAAACGUUCCAUCGAGCUGUAAUUUACGGCUGUGGCCUCCACUCUUUGCACAAGAGAUAGUUGCUUGGCUUCAAACUAAAACAAUAUAAGUUUUUUGUCUGUCCCGAGCAAAUGAAGAAACGGCCAAUUUCACAAGAGAAUAUUUAACUAAGGCAAAUCUUCUAUUUGUAGAGUGUUUAUCAAAUGGCCCUGACGUAUUUGUGCAAAACGGUCUACUGCCAUCUAAACAUAUCGGAGCAUCGAAAGCACGAUUGGGGCAUCGACAGAAAUCUCGCUAAAAUUUCGUGGACCAAGUCACCCCAGUAGCCACGGUCGUAGGCCGACGUCAAUAAGUUUAUUUUUGGUGGGUUCCCUGUUAAUUUGUGAGUGGCGCUAACCUUCGUGUUCCGUUUUACAUAUUCAUGAGAACAUUGCUAAUCGGUCACAUUAGGUUUUUGUCCGAUCUAACUCCGGUUUCACUUCCUCGUUCAAACUAAGUUGAUCUGCAGACGCCUCUCGAUAUAUUUGAGAGUCUGGCUUUGUCAAUCCCUUCACCGCGACCGACUCCGUGUACAAAAACACCGAUAUAUGCCAACGGACCUCAACGAAAAGGAGGUUCAAGUACGGUAUGUUUAUAUUUCUGCUCGUUCGAAAUAAGACAAGUUACCAUCACUGAAGGCUGUAAUUGGACCACUCACCAGAAAUAAUUACAUGAAACCCUAGGCGGUGUAGCAGAUCCUGUCUGCACAUUUCAAGGGACCGGAGACCGAGGAUUCAGCUAUACAGUUCGCAGACCCUGCUAGGAUUGUCAACAUGUACAGAACAACGCUAGUUAGCAUCGCCGCAAAAGUGGGGCGAUAAGCGCAGUAUUAAGCUUUGAGAGCCACCAACAAUUCCCUCUCCAUAUCAACCGCAGUUAAAACCUCAACUCAGGGUCCACGAAAGUGCUAAUGGUAACGAUACUCAACAUUCCGAACUCACUCAGACAAAGUUUCACAAGGGGUCAUUAAGUACUCUAUAGAACUGUCUCAGCAAAUGCUAGGCCGGCGAUGGCUUGCCUGUUUUUUAGGGGUCGGAAAAACUAGCAACAAAUCCCCAGAUCCCAUUUUUAUUUCCCGUGUAUAUAUCGCCCGAAUAUAAAUUGCUCCAUUAACGCAAUAUGCAGUUUCAUUUUCGUAUUUAAUAUGGGCCCUCAGUGAAAGUUUUAGAGGAUUUGCUAUGAAACUAGGUCGUGUGUGCCUCCUAACUUCACGCUUUACGACAAAGCGGCUCUUAUUCGCUGCUUAUGAACCCGCUCAAAGUUUUCUUCAAAACCGUUCCAACGCGCGUUUCGAAAUCGGUUCCGAAUUUUGACUUCCGAGGAAUUCAUUUUAUUGGGAUCUCGGUUCACUACACGCUCCUUGAGACCGCCGCUAACAAGAAUUGCAUAUGAGCCAACAGUGGUGUCAUUCCCACAAAUUUUCGACGGGGCGUCAACAGAAAGAACCGAUCCACUCCUGACCCCUUCUCUGUCAACAACUCUAAGGGCCUCUCCAAGUCUACAAAGGACUGAGUCUUUCUGUCGUUUAUUUCAUAGAGUUGAUCUGAUUAAAUAAUCCUUCCUAUACCUUUUUGAGCGUUAUGUGUUUAUUCACUAAAUAAUGGUGGUUGGACAAAUGCCCUCGGGACGGCGUGCGAAAUGUUCGUCCUGUUCGGAUUCGAUGAUCGUCAACCAUGUUUCUCGAACAAUAAGGUUCCAACCGGACUAUCGAUGCGCGGCUGUUGGGUUCAAAUUAGUAGGGGAAUAAACACAAGCCGUGGCAAAAUGGGCUGCAAUUCGGGAUAUUUUGCUAUCCAAUCACCUCCCACCAAACGGGCAAAGGGUUUAGUGAGGUUGAUGAAUGUCAAAUACUAAGGCGGAUUCUGCACAGCAUGUCUAAAACUCCCCCAGAAAUUUUUGGAAAUGCAGAACAAGAUAGAGGACUUUAAAUGGAAAUGGAAGUCUUGCCAUUUACUCGAAGAGAGGAAGUUGGCGAAGUCAGAAAUUUAGGAAACAGAAAGAGCAUGCGCAAGCAUGUUUUUCUUAACUGUUUCAUCUACUGAAAAAAGAGGAUACAUCUGCGGAACUAAUUAUAGACGGGAACCAGUCUCGUAUGCGAAAAAUGAUGAUCGGAAAGGACCGCAGAAAGCAAAGAAACGUCCCGUGGUACCCGAAAAGAAAAGUUGGACAGUGUCAGUAUGAGGAAGCAUAGGCUAAGCACAAUGCAAGUUGAUACCACAGUGCCGAAGGAAAUAUCAUAUGGCCAAUAAGCCUCGAUAAGCAUGCAACCAUACGGUAACUAUGCCAUGACAACUCUCUAUGAAUCAAACGAGAACGACAACAGAAAUUGGUACAAUGUAGCCUAUGUGUAUAAAAAUAAAAGCCAGGACCCUCUAGAAGAUCAUAGUUAAUUCAUCGUCAUGAGGGGUAUCAAUCAUCUCCACCCUUUUUCAGUCGGCAUUCACAUAUGAAACGAAUCUUCCUCCUCUUUCCGGCGAGACACGACAGCAUAAUCGUGCGUCGUUUGCACUAAAAGAUACUUUUACUUCUUGCCUUCAUCGAUAUAAACGAACCUCCUCCGACUGAAGCCUGCCAAAUUAUCUGGUCCAAAUAUAACUUAUUCACUUGUUCUCGGAUAGUCGGUCGAACCUUCCGUAAGUGUCCGAACAUAUGACAUUUUAAAAGUCUUUUGAAGAAGGUGACCCGCCGGAGGAAUUAAAAUCUGCCUCUAUUUUUCCGGUUCACAAAGGAUGGUACAGGCUAUAUUCCGAAAAAUAACCGUCCAGUUAAGUUAGCUUGUAUUUUGUGCAAUGCAGUGGAAGGACUUAGUAAAGGAUAUUUAGUGACUUACCUGGAAGAGAGAAACGUGAUAUGUGCUGUUCAGCAGGGAUUUCGUCAGGAUCACUCAUGUCUUACGAGUAUUCAUCACUCAUAAGAAGAAUGGACAAAAUCUGUAGACCAGCAUUUAAAGCAUCCCGAUAUUUAGCUUUGGUGGUUCAAUACGUUUCUCAAAACACUAGUACUGUAUAAAUGGGAUUUCCUUAUACGAAGUGGAUACGCGCAAACCUAAAAAUUUCGACAAGUUCAAACCUGCUGCCCUCCGAACAAUGUCAAAGGGCCGGCAAAAGACAACCAACAUCCUGCACUGCAUUAGGCGUGCUUUCAUAUUCUAUCCCGAACUGAAACGCUGAACAUGCGCCUUACCCAAAAGCCAAAUGGCUUUUAUUCAAGAGCAUAAUGCGGUGCUUGUUAAACGGUUAUUACUCACUUUAGAUGUUAUCGAGCGUUUCCCAUUCCAAAUGGGUUACAUCGAAAAAAAGAGUUUAGAAUGAAGAGGAGACUCGGCAAAACGUACAUCAGAUAUCAACAAUGAGAGUAUUUCAACAGCUUUAAAAUGCCGAAAUAUAUGUCGAAAUCUGCCGACGAAAGAGCAACCUGCCUUUUGAUUAGAAAUAGUCAAAAUGACACCAAGAAAUCCCAAAACUUUUUUUUAUAUAAAUGAGGCAAAACACAAAAGGCAGUUCACUCCUUGUCUUAAGGAUCACCAGGAAAAAAAUUGUCUGAUUACUCAGACAAGACGAACAUCUUAUCACAUCUCUUUACGUCGGUAAAUACCGAGGAGCCGGCUUUCGGUGAGAGAUUAAAUCUUCAAUUACCAUAUCUCUCAAUAUAAUUAGCACGGCGAUCUUCACAACAGACACAGUUAGGAAAACUUUGUGGCAAAUGCGAUCCAGUAUACUGCCUGGUCCGAACGGCAUAACUUCAAAAUUGCAAACGAACAGGCAGAUCAGCUGACCUCUCGCUCUCCAAGAUCUUCGAAAUUCCGAUGGAGGCUGGGGUUCUGCUUACUGACUGGAAACGGGCAAACAUAAUCCCCGUAUAUAUGAGGGGCGAGGAAGCCUCUCCAAAUAGCGUCAGACCAGUGAGUCGCACAAGCCUUUGUUGUAAACUGAUGGAGAAGACGGCAAAAAAGGAGCGAAACAACUUGCAUAUUGUGCAUCCACGUUGAUUCAGAAGGGUUCGACGCGGCCUCGCUAACCUGCUCGCAUCCUUGGAGAGAUAGAAUGAGUUUACCAGUAGACGCAGUAUACUCUGACUCCAGAAAGGUCUUAUACAGUGUUCAGCACGAACAACUUAUGUGUAAAUUGCAUCAGAGAGACGUGAAAUAACAUCUACAGAAAAGGGUGUCCAGUUUUCUUGCAGGCAGAUCUCAGCUUAUUUUCACGGGUGACAUGAAACGGGAAUGAGCAUCCGUUCACAGUGGCUUUAUUAUGCUUUUGAUAAAUGUACACGGUUGCCUCGACUGAAUGAUCUGCGAACGUGUGAUGCUCGCCAAUGACCUCACGUUGUGGAAAUCAAAAGAGAAGCCAGAAGAUGCGCUACAAUCGCAAAGUUACUUGGACCGUCUGCAUCGAUGCUUUGGUGAGAGACCUCGGUUUGCGAAGGAUGCCUGUUCUUAAACAAUCGCCUCGCUGCGCCAUGGGUAUGCCAGGCACCGACAAUAAUAAGAAUAUGAUCGGCUUACAAGUAUAUAGUGAACAUCCAGCCUGUUGAGGGAGGUGUCACUCAGCAAGGUGACCCAAUUUUGCCCCAGGAAACUGCUAAUUAUCCACCAGUAGCAGUAUUUAUGACAGACGGUUAUGAUAAAUAUCAUAACAGAAUGGCAUUUAGUAUCGCAGUGUCAAAUGUUGUUGAACUACCGUAGGCUGGAUAAGGACUCACGUUCAGCAUGCAGCACAAUUAAGAGAUGGGUAACAUUCAGGUAACCCACUUCAACAAAGACAUUUAGUCAGAGCCUGCAAAGACGGGAACAUGACUGAUCAUAUAUAUUAAGAUGGCAGUUCUGUUAGUGUAGUAUUAUACAUUUUACUUUUAACUCAAAUCAACAAGAGACUCAGGAGCCAUCUUAAAUCAAGUGGACGUGUUCAAAAACUUCGCCACACCUGUCAACUCCUGCCAAUCUAAGGGUUUGGUAGAUGGGAAAGCACUUGGGUUAGGAAAUGAUUUCCGGUUUAUCGUCACCGAAUUUGGCCCUGGGUGAUUCAUCCAUAAAGGAUUCAUCAUUCAAGCAAUUAAAAGCUGACACGCAGAAGAGGUAGUGAUGGCCAAGCAACAGUCGAGAAACAAAAACACAGUUUACUGGGGAGGGACAUGUUGUUGUCUGGAGUUAAAGUCGAACUGGUGAACUAACGAAAGAAAUAGCUAUAAACGAUAACGGAAGGGUGGAAAAAUAGAUAAAUCUGGGACUUAUAGGGUCCGUGAUCGUCAGAAUGAGGUCGGAAAGUUGUUAACCAUCAUGAUCUAUCUGCAAAAGAGUGAUCACCGAUUAAAAGAUGGGGGUCUUAGCUCUCAAGGCAUGUUUGAUUGUUAUUUAACGACCGACAAUAUAGGAGGUUCAGUGUCUGCUGCCUCGUCUGUACUUCUGUAGAGUGCCAGGAAUGAACCGUCGGGGUCCGAAUCGUCCUUUCCUUUUAGGAUAUCAUUUGUCUCGGAUUUUAAGGCAUCCAUCAUCAAAUAUAACACGCUAAUAACAAGAUAAGCUAAACGAUUUAGAAAAUAUUUGUUGUAAGAACUUGAUGGAACGUAAAGACGGUGAAGAAAGAAGAGUCGAUCUGUUCAAAAAAGUGUUCUCCUCACACUUGUUCGGGGGGGGGUGGAGUUGGAAGCUGCCACUGUGGAACAGGGGCCAGUUUCUUCAUGCACAUUAACUGAGAACAAAAGAAAGGAGGCGAAAAUCAGUCUCGCGUCAGACAUCUUGUAAUGUCGGGCGGAAUUUUGGUCUGACGAAUGUCUAAGCGGAAAAUUAAAGAUCGGUCGAGGUCAACGACAAAAAACGGAUAUCAGACAAAAGAGUAAAGUGAGAUAUAACAAGAAGGAGACGAAUUAGUCAUCACUCGUUUAUUGCUAAAUGCUUUUUUAACAGCCCCGCGAAAAGUCGGGGACCGGUUCAAACAUGGGAUUCGUCCGGUUCCGCAUUAGCGUAAUCCGCCAAGGCGUUCAAUGAGGGCAUCCCUGAAAAGAGAGAAAAGGGGCGCAUACUGAGCAAUGGAAAACAUAAUGCGCUACAGACCAAUAAACAAAAUCGAGUUGUACUUCUCCAAGUCAGUCCGCUACGGUUACACACUAUAUCAACCAAUGGUUUCAUAGCGUGCGGAAUCCAUCCGCAAAAAAUGUCAGUCACCCAGCCGCAUAAAAAAUAUCCCAGAUGACUGCUGGCCCUUUUCCGGCUGUACGGUAGGUCAGUGAGCCCACUAGUCAAAAAACUUAACCAGUAAGAAUGCUCAAAAUUUCGAACAAGAUUUCGAAAGUAUUCUUCCACCAUGGCCUCUUUUGCGCUGGACACCCAAUCCCCGUAAUUACGGGGGUUGUAUUUAUCAUUAUAGCCUUCUGGUAAGUUGUGGUUUUAUCGGUUUAUUUUAAAAAACACAACAGUUUCCCUCUUUUUAAGUUUCGAAUCCCCCACGAUGCCCCGUUCGACGCAGUCGCUCUAUCUGAAUCCAAUUACAAGCUUCUUAGAUCCACCCGAAACCCUCUUCAGGUGACGUUUCCCCUAGCUUUAUGCCUUAAACCUUCUAUUUUCAACUUCUUUUACUAAUGUGGGUUGACGUCUUAGUAUAUUCCUACCAGACGAAGUCACCUUCCGUACUCAAUGUAGCUACAAUCCUAGCUACAAUCACCUAGGUGAUUGUUUGUCACUCUUGUUUUAUUUAAAUCGUAAUUGUGGUCGAGAGAUAAGCACUCAGUAUUUGCCUAAAUAGAAAAGAGGUCAUAUACGAGAGUCACUCUUCUAACCUAACCUACAGCUCCAUUUUCGAGGCCAUUUCAUUGAACCGAGUCGAUCGCAACUUAUUCAGAUAGCAAGUACUUAAUGUCUCCGGGUAAUUUGUUUACAAAACAUUUGGGGACCUUUAUAAAAUAUUUUGGAAGGUCGCCUGGUAAAUACGGUCCCCUCUUUUUAUUCUGAACAGCUGUCGUUCCUCCCUUUCUCGUAGACUAACAACACGAAGAUCAAAGUGAGCCAUGUAGUUCAAAUAAUCUAUCGCUCCACAAUCAGUCCGUGGGGACCAGACAUAAACUACGACGAUGGAGCACGAAGCAACCUCAACGGCAGUUUUCUCAUACACCAGUUGGUAUCUCAGAGGAGCGGGGCAACUCAAACAACCUGUGGCCAAGGGCUGGGUAACUGUGGUGAACAGAAUUCUCAGCCCGACAACUUGGGCUUUGAGUCGCUAUGCCUCAGGGUAAGGCAAUAG